AAAUACGGUCCAGCCAAAACUGACUUGCUGAGAGUUGGUGAGAUUUCUGUACCAGCCGUGUCUUCUGCAGAGUCUAAGUAAAACAAGAAUAAACUCAAGUCUACUUGGUAAAAGCUUUGCCGACACCAUGAGUAUCGCCGACCCAGUCACAAUACUGUCUAUCAUCCUAUGUACUUUCGUGGCAAUACUUUUCUAUGGACGCAAAAGAAACAUUUAUCACAAUUUCCCUCCUGGUCCCACACCAUUACCUAUCAUCGGAAACCUCCACAUUAUGGACAUGAAGAGACCUUAUGAAACAUUUCACAAGCUUUCUGAGAAGUACGGCUCAGUGUACAGUAUACGUUUGGGAACCGAGAAAAUAGUCAUCCUGUCUGGAUAUGAGACGGUGAAAGAUGCUCUUGUAAACCACGCGGAUGUGUUUGCUGCAAGACCAAAAGUGCCAAUUUUCGAAGCGUUAUUUCUAGGACAUGGAAUUCUUUUUUCUAAUGGUGAAUCCUGGAAAGCGAUGAGGCGGUUUACUCUUUCAACUCUACGAGAUUUCGGAAUGGGGAAGGAAACAAUUGAAAACAGGAUUGGAGAAGAAAGUGAUUGUUUAGUGGAGAAUAUAAAAUCCCGCAAAGGCAAACCGUUUGAAAAUACCGCGAUUUUAACUGCUGCUGUUGCCAACGUAAUUGUUUACGUAUUACUGAGCCAGCGAUUUGAUUAUGAUGAUCCAAUAAUAUUGAAGCUUUUGAACAUGAUCAAUGAAAAUACCAAAUUAGUUGGUUGCCCUAGGUCCAUGAUGUACAAUGCAUACCCCUCUGUGAUGAGCUGGUUUCCUGGAGUUCAGAAAACAGUGGUUAAAAAUAGAAAUGAGCUCCACAAAUUUGUAAGAGAGAUUUUCACCGAACAGAAGAAAGAUUUGGAUGUCAAUGACCAGAGGAAUCUUAUUGACAAAUUCCUGGUGAAACAACAGGAGGAAAAACCAAAUCCUGAACUAUAUUUCAACAAUACGAAUCUAGUCGUGCUGGUUACCGACCUCUUUGCUGCUGGCAUGGAAACCACCUCCACCACUCUGAGAUGGGGUAUUCUGUUGAUGAUGAAAUACCCUCAUAUCCAAAGAAAAGUCCAAAGUGAAAUUGAAAAAGUUAUCGGCUCAGCGGCGCCUCAGGCCGCUCAUCGUAAGGAUAUGCCCUAUACUGACGCUGUUAUUCAUGAGAUCCAAAGAUUUGGAAAUAUAGUUCCUACUAAUCUCCCGCAUGCUACUACUCAGGAUAUCACACUCCAAGGGUAUUUUAUCCCAAGGGGGACACAUGUAAUACCACUGCUGACGUCAGUGCUGUAUGACAAAGAUUACUUUAAAAAACCAAAAGAGUUUUACCCGGAACAUUUUCUGGACGCCAGCGGCAAUUUUGUGAAGAAUGAAGCGUUCAUGCCUUUCUCAGCUGGUAAGAGAAGUUGUGCCGGUGAGAACUUGGCUAAAAUGGAGCUCUACAUGUUCUUUGUGAAGCUGCUGCAGAACUUCACCUUCCAGGCUCCUCCGGGGGCCACACUGGACCUGACCCCUGCAGUAGCUUUUACAUGUAUGCCUAUGAGCUAUAUGAUGUGUGCUGUGCCUCGUACAUGAAAUAGGAUUGCACCUUGCACUAAAAAUAAAGGAUUUUUUCUCAUAGCUGGGUUUAUAAUAAAGAAUAUGCCUUACUUUGGAACCAAUGAAAGUCA